GACUUUCUACAAACCGGAAGUUCGGCGGUUCCUGCAUGCAAACCUCACCCAUCACUAAACCAGGGACAACCAAAAUGGAUUAUUACUAUUUAUUUACUAUAUGUACAUUUAUAUAUUUGGUUGUUUUCAUGCCUUCUGCAUACAGUAAUGAUGUUGAGGCUAAAGCGAGUCAGUUCUUCAGCAGUGGCCAUACUAACAACUGGGCAGUCCUGGUCUGCACAUCUAGAUUCUGGUUUAAUUAUCGGCAUGUGGCGAACACACUGUCAGUGUACAGGAGUGUAAAGAGACUGGGCAUUCCAGACAGUCACAUCGUGCUGAUGCUGGCUGAUGAUAUGGCCUGUAACUAUAGAAACCCAAAACCAGCCACUGUGUUCAGCCAUAAGAACAUGGAGCUCAAUGUGUAUGGAGAUGAUGUGGAAGUGGAUUACCGUGGCUACGAGGUCACAGUUGAGAACUUCCUUCGAGUCCUUACAGGGCGACUCCCCCCCAGCACCCCUCGGUCCAAAAGGCUGCUGUCAGAUGACCGCAGCAAUAUUCUCAUCUAUCUGACAGGUCAUGGCGGAAACGGCUUUCUGAAGUUCCAGGAUUCUGAAGAGAUUAGCAACACUGAGCUGGCUGAUGCUUUUGAACAGAUGUGGCAGAAGAGGAGGUACAACGAGUUGCUGUUCAUUAUAGACACCUGCCAGGGAGCGUCCAUGUAUGAGAGGUUUUACUCACCAAACAUCAUGGCCCUGGCCAGCAGCCAGGUUGGAGAGGACUCCCUCUCUCACCAGCCAGACUUGGCUAUAGGGGUUCACUUGAUGGACAAGUACACCUUCUACUUACUGGAGUUUCUGGAGGAAGUUCACCCUGCUAGUCAGGCCAACAUGAAUGACCUGUUUAAGGUGUGCCCACCAAGUAAGUGCGUGUCUACUCCGGGCCACCGUACUGACCUGUUUCAAAGGGAUCCGGGAAGCGUCCUCAUCACAGACUUUUUCGGAAGUGUCCGCAAAGUGGAGAUCACCAAGGAAACCAUAAAUCUUAUGUCCCCUACAGAGGCGCUAAUGAAAAGGUCUGGAAACGCCGCUCUUCAGGUUGAAUCGUUGACGUACGUGGACCAGCUUCCAGUGGCUCAAAUUAUUCAUCAGAAACCCAAGCAGAAAGACUGGCACCCUCCAGACGGCUUUAUUUUGGGCCUUUGGACUCUUAUCUUGCUGGUGUUCUUUAAAACCUAUGGCAUCAAACACCUCAAACACAUCUUCUGAGACGGCGGCUCUCACAACACCACAGGAGUCAAGGAACCUACAGCCAUACAGUAUCUAAGGCUUCACUAUUUUCUUUUUGUUUGUGGUUGAUUUGGUCAGGAAUAAGUUUUAUUCAUCUUUUUGAUGCAGGUUUGUUGUUUUGGAGUUUUGCUUUGUAUCGUCUUUUGAAAGUGACAUGCACUGACUUUUUACUUUGAAAUGUUCUUUGUUGUUCUCAGAAGUCUGUAGUCAAAUGCAUUUGAAUUUCACACAGGUACUUUCUUUUGAACUGAACACACACUGUCAGCUCGUGGGGAAAAGAAGGGUUUUUUGUUUGUUUUUUGUUCUUUAAUUUUUUCCAGUUAUAGUUUUAUCUGCUUUUAGCCCAAGGCAGAGUUAAAUUAUUCUAUAACACUUAUAAUGUCACACAGGCAGUGGUAACUUGUAAUAAAGGCUUGAGGUUUUUGUUAUUUUUUCACAGUGUGAUAAAAUAGAGAUCUUAUUUGGGCUUGUGUAAAUAUACAGAAGCUGUAUAUGCAAUUCGUGACUACUGCUUUAUUUAAAAUGAUGCUUUAUAAUUUGCACUCUCAUUAUUUAAAAGGCUGCACUGUAUAUGUAAGUCUGGAGUGUAGGAAAUGAAAUUUAUAUAUAAAAUGUAAGAAAUCACGUUUUGCAGGAAGAAAAAAUAAAGCCUAUAUUUAGGACAUAUAAUAUUUGCAUAAGUCAUGCAGGCAAUGUCACUAAAUCUUAUUGCUUAUGAAAUGGGCUCCGGUUUCUGUAUGCAUAAUAUGAUUUCAUGUUUUUUUGGGGUGAAAUGUGACUUGGACAUUUUUAUGAGACUCACCCAGCAUCACGUAUGAGAGACACAUGGACAUCAAUCACUUCCAUGUACAUCAACCAAACAGCUCCAUUUGCCCGUGGCUGUGUCCUGCAUCUGUCCAUUAGCAUCUCCACUCCACUUUUAAAAGGGGUCGACCAAAUGCAACCUCACCAGGCAGUAAGUGUGAAUGAGAUUGAAUUUCCACAUUCUUUUAUCUUUGUCUGUCUAAUGCAUCAUUAAGUGUUGGUGGGUCAGAUAUCCAGCAUUGUUUAGGAGAUCCCGCAUCAGAGUAGCCUCUCAAACAGUAUAUGCUUUUUGUGUGAAUGCAUUAUGACAAACCUUCAAUUUCCGUUGUCUACAAUUUUCCUGUAUUUUUUACUGUGAGACUGGCAAAAGUGACAUUUUAAAUAAAGCCUCUACUCUAAAA